AAGGAAGCCAGAGGGGUAUCGCUUGGGUGCCCCACGCCCGUGCCUGUCUCGUCUUCCGAUCGUGGGGCCACCAAGGAGGAGCUGUCUUCUCCACUUUCUAGGGUUCUGCUCUGGAGUGUACUGAUGGGAUCAUAGUUUACUGCAGCCUCGAAGUCUAAUUGCAUGAAGAUGGAAUAAGAAAAUGAGAUGGAUCCACUGGGGGAUAAGGGAGGAGGGCAGUGAGUAUGGUGUUUCCCUGUAGCUGGCCUGGGUUCAAAUUCUGCCUGGAUUUUGAUGCACUUGUGUGCCCUCAGCUUCCCUUGUCACUGCUGAAGACUGCUCAGAAUCACCCCAUGUUGGUGGAGCUCAAAAAUGGGGAGACAUACAAUGGACACCUGGUGAGCUGUGACAACUGGAUGAACAUUAAUCUGAGAGAGGUGAUCUGCACAUCCAGAGAUGGGGACAAGUUCUGGCGGAUGCCCGAGUGCUAUAUCCGAGGCAGCACCAUCAAGUACCUGCGUAUCCCUGAUGAGAUCAUCGACAUGGUCAAGGAGGAGGUGGUAGCUAAGGGCCGUGGCCGAGGUGGCCUGCAGCACCAGAAGCAGCAGAAGGGCCGAGGCAUGGGGGGUGCUGGUCGAGGUGUAUUUGGCGGCCGAGGCCGAGGUGGGAUCCCUGGCACAGGCAGAGGCCAGCCAGAGAAAAAGCCAGGCAGACAGGCGGGUAAGCAGUGAGCCACCCAGAGACUGGCCACCGUGUACCACACCUCAGGCAGCCACCCUCCCACCAGUGUGUUGUGUUCCUGUUCUCCAUGGAUCUGUUCAGAAAGAAAUGAAGAGGCAGGUGUUGGGGGAGGACCCUUAACACUCCACUCCCCCCACAUUUUGUUACCCUCAUCUUAGCUAGAGUCCCUUUUUUGUUUUUUAAAGCCAGCAGUUCUCCAGUUGAAAAUGUUAUUAUUCAGGGUUUUUGGUUUUGUGACGUUGCCGUUCCCACAGCCACCUGGAUUCCUGGAAGAUUCUGUGUAUUAAAGGCAUCUUUGAAGCCUUUGCUUUUGUUUUAAGGUCCAGCAUUUUCCAAACAGGUUUGUUUUGCAUUUCACCUUGGAGUCUCCCAUGUCAGUGAACAGAUGGGAGGUUUUUAUUUUAAGCCACUUGUAGGGAGGUUGAUAUCCUUGAGAGUUUCUUUCAACAGGGCCCCAAGAUUUUGCCUUUUCGAAACAAACCUGAGGAUAACCGAAUGUCUUAGAGCCUGUGCCAGAACCUUGCUGGGUCUGCCCCUUCACUUCCACUCUGUUUGUGUUACAAAAAUAAAAAUGAAUGCAAAUAUAUGCAGCAAGUCCACCA